AUGGAAUCCCUUGUUGCACAACAUGAAAGUGAACGAAACAAAUUGGUGCGUGAUCAACUAGUGACAUACAAACAAAAAACCGAUGCUGAGAAGAUCCAUAAUUUGCAUUUAGAAGUGUUAUUAGAUAAAUGUCGAAACAACAAGUGCAUUGCUAAAACAAAGAAGAUGAGCCACACUAACAAGUGUGGAAAUUUUUCGGGGCAACAAAGCGCGAACAGAAAAAAAAUUCCAAAUAAUGUUAGUCUCGAUGAAAUAGAAUUUAUCGUUAAGGGAUCUCAAAGAAUAGUUCUGGGAGGUUGUUUUGGCAAAUGUUUUUUGGCAAAAUUGAAGCGAAAUGGUACUUUAGUCACAGUAAAGAUCGGUCAAAAGUCCGGAGGCCGUUACAGUGAUUCACUGAAAAAAGAAGCCGAAAUACUCUCACAGUUGUGCCAUCCAAACAUACCGUUCUUUUUUGGCAUUACGGAGGGAAAAUCGCCUGCAUUGAUCAUCAAGUUUCAUGGAGACAUUGCCAAACUAAACUCUCUCACUGUAUCAUCACAAGCUCGUUAUAAACAUUUAAGCAUUUCUUCUUCAGAGUGGUUUGAAAUCAUGAACUGCAUUUGCAACGCACUAGCAUACAUACACCAAAUUGGAAUCUUACACAACGACAUUAAGGCUAACAACGUUUUGUUGUCAUUAAAGGCAGAUAAAUGGUCGCCUAUGAUUAUAGAUUUUGGCAAGGCAACUUACAUAAACGAUAGAGAUAAAUACCCCCAAUUCAAUGAAGCUCAGAUUCAAAAGUACAAGGACAAUUAUCCACAUAUUGCCCCAGAGUUGUAUAUACAAAACGUAGAAAAAUCUGUUUGUAGCGAUGUUUAUUCUUACGGGUGGAUGUUGAAAGGUUUGCAGGAUUGCUUUCCGGGAAGAAAUAUCAAACAUAUUUUUGAAAAAUGUCUUCACAGUUGUCCAUCACAAAGACCAUUAUGUAUGUUAGCAGUGAAAGAAAUGCUCAACAAUGUAUAAAACAUUAAAGUUAUUAUAUUUUUAGUUAUGGGUAAUUAAAUUGAUGGGUGGCCCUCCUCACUGAUCUAAAAAAUAUGGCUGUUUGCUAGGAGUAGGAUAAGCAAGAUUUCAAUUUUCAAAAGCAUAUAUUUGGAAAAUCACGUUUCACACAAUGAGCUUUGAAGCAAUUUUUGUUUGAAGAAAUGAGAAGAAUUGAUUUACUAUGGGAAUCGUGAAAUAUAGUGCAAGUUUGCUUUGAAAGUUUAAUGUUUAUGAAUUUUGUUGCUUUUAAUAGUUUCUUGCGUAUCAAAAGUACAUGUAGCUUUCCUUUUCAGUCAAGCUGUAAAUUUCCUAAAUUACCUUGUUUAAUUUAAGAAAAAAAGGUAAAAUGUAAAGGAGAGCAAAUUAAUUGAAGACUUAACUGAAAUAAACUGGCUUCAUGGUACUGCUUCGCAUACAGGCUAGUUUCUGUGUUUUAUACACGCCUUAUCAGUGCAGCUUAGUAUAUAAAUGCGGGUCUGUAAAUAGUGAUGACAACCGUAUUCAGCGCAGACCUAGUCAAUUAAAGCUGUCAAAAACACCCUGACCUAUAAGUGCAAAAAGCACCGUGGAUAUAUAUGCAUCAAGCAUGCACUAUAAUUCACACACACCGCUACACGGUAGUUUCCACAAACCUAAAAUUAUAUAUUGUUUAUUAUCAUCCAAACAUUCAAAGAACUUAUAUAACAACUAUAAUAAUAAAACGCCCAUUGUGCUUUUCUUGGUUUUGACUUCAGACGCUUAAUGUGUCUAAACAAUGCGUCGAUCUAGACAAAGUGUAAUAAAAUCAGAGUCAAAUGACCACAUGCAAGGGUGCUUAAGAAGAGUGCUCAAUAACACGGAAGCGUAUAUAUAUAUUGCUGGAUUUGCAUGCAUGUGAUUGUUGUUUCAUGGUUUUAGGCCUAACGUAUUGUAUAAAGCGAUGUUUGUAAUUUAGAGUGAACCACAAUUAGUAGAUGACGACAGUGAUGAGGAUGGAAUAGACAGCAACGAAGAAAUCACUAGGGAAUCUCCGCCAAUGACACCCAGAAUGAAAAACGAUAGCUCUACGACACCUCCCGCGCGUUCACCCUUUACGUUUGGGGAAACGGUCAACAAGACUGUUCUUGAUAAUUUCGAUAUUUCUGAAAUCAAGGUAACUACUAACUAGUUAUACUACCCAUACAGCCGGCCCUUCUCAGAAUUUUUCUUCACAGAAAGAAUGUGAUUAAAAACAAAUAAUAUUACGUUGAACAUCUUUUUUGUAGUUCUCUCCAGCAGUGUUACAUGAACUGCAGAACAAAUGUCUAAUGUGCACUCUACGCAGCGAAUUUAUUCGUGAUAUCUGUACCAACCUGUUGGCACGAGGAGUACACUAUUUAAAGAAAAAAGAUCGCGAUGCGAUUGCUUUACAAAUAGUGUUGCGUCACCCGCACUUAAAAGACCCAAUCGGAAGUGGUCUGGUAUGUAUAGAAAUAUGUAUUCUACCUUAUCGUGCCUUAACUUACCAUAUCUUACUUUCCUGUAUUCCUUAAAUGUCACCACCUUACUUGUCACCUUAUUACCAUACCUCACUUCACCUAUAUACUUGCCUUCUCUUUCCUUGUGUAUCUUUCCUCGCUUUAGCUUUCAGAAUGCAUACACCUUGUUAUACAAUAUCCGCCUCUCCUUAAUAGCUACAUCUGCACUUGUAUCUUACAUCUAAUAUGCCAUAAAGUUAGCUUCCAUAUAAUUAUCUUCAAAGACAGAACGCCGUUUUUAAAUGUUAUUUCAUCACAUUAAUUAUUUUACAUCUUUGGUCUUUCUUUAAAUUCAAAACACAUUUUAGGGAUCGUGGUCGGAAUCAAUCCUGAAUCGCAUGAAGCAUGUGCGAAAGUAUGAUGCAAAAAAACGUAAGUUGGCAGAAUCGUCAUCUCUUUCAGUCUCGUACGAGGAAAAUAAAACCAAGGCUGCAAGAAAGACCAGCGAAAUAAAUCGUCGAGAUUUCUGGAAAAAGGUUCCAAAUGUCUCAAGUGUCGCGCCAGAAGUGCACUCCGACCAUAUUUUGGCCCUCAGAAAAGAGACAGGCUUCAGCAAACCUGAUCAGCGAAAAUUACGGGAGUUGAUGAAGUCGACGUAUGAAUUGAGACGAAAGAAUAUCUUGGGUAACGUGAUUCUCAUCAAAGAAAUUAUAAGGGAAUAUCCACCAUUGUCAACAUGUGCUGGUGUAAGUAUAAGCAAAAUCAUAAUUUUCAUGCGCGUCAAGUAUACUAUACAACCCUUCAUCCACUGGAGGAGAGUUCUGGAUUUAAAGGGUAUGAGCAACAAAAAAAUUUAUUGCUUCAUCUGAAAGAGCAUGAAAAAAUAAGCCGAUUAGCCGUUUAAUGCUCUAUUCUAUCUCAUCUGGUUCCGAAGUUAUACGCAAAAAUGUGCAAAAUAUAAAUUGCUGAUUCAGCACAACGUGUGACGUCAUUAGUUGGGUAAGUAUGUUUAUUGAAUAGUAAACUGAAGCAUAGCUCAGUUAUUAUUGGCCCAAAUGUACAAUCAGGAUGCAAAAUUUCAUUUGAUUUGGGCCCAUAAUAACUGAGCUAUGCUUCAGUUUAGUAUUCACUAAACACACUUACCCAACUAAUGACGUCACAAGCUGUGCUGAAUCAGCAAUUUAUAUUUUACACAUUUUUGCGCAUAACUUCGGAACUAGAUGAGAUAGAAUAGAGCAUUAAACAACCAAUCGGCUUAUUUUUUCAUGCUCUUUCAGAUUGUUGCUCAUACCCUUAGUAUAUGAUUAUGCGAGUAGUGGCUAAUUCGCGUCUCGCGGUCCGUUGUCUGUUUCAUCGUGCAAAGCAGAAUAUAUGGCGUGCAUGGCUCUAUGGCGCGAAUUCCGUACUCAGUCUUAAAUCUGAAGUUCUCUAUUCCCUCAAUGGAUGUAACAAAUUGUAUCGUAGCAAGCUUGAAGUAACUAAAAACUAAGUUUGCUCUAUGUCAAUAUGAAUUGCAUGCAUGGCCAUUUCGUGAAUCAAAACAAUUUUCUUAUUCAUCUAUUUCUUUUAGAUAUGUCAGGAAUUUGGAAGAAUAAUGAAGAACGAAAAUUUAGUAAGCGAAGAAAAACAAAUAUUUUCCGAUAAUUAUGCUGAACCCAUUGUGAAGUAUGCAAGACAGCUCCAAAGAAAGCAAUCGAUGCUCAAAAAUAGCCUGGCUUCGCUUGACGGUUGUGUUGCAAAAGAAGCAAAUAAGAAAAAAGGUAUAUAUUGAAUUAAAUUACUGUGAAAUUUUAGAAAUGCAUUCAUUGCAACGUAUUAUAUGCAUAUUUCCUUGUCCCUCUCUUUUAAAGCAAUUGAAAUGCUGUUUUUUGUUUAUCAUGCAUGCAUGCAAAUUAUAUUCCGGAUUAUAUGCCCUAAUUUUGGCUAAAUUUUCUUAAGAUGCGAUUAAGAUUAAUUAGCUACUUUACUUGAGAAAACGACCGGUUACCUUCAUUUUUUAUCUUUUGCAAUAGAAUAUCUGACCGAGGUUAAAGGGAAAUGGCAAUAUAAAUUUUUAUUUUCGCAUUUGAAAGAACUUUUGAAACUAUUUUUCAUAUUUUGCUUUAUAGUUCUUGAAAUAUUUUCUUUUGAAGUAAUGAGAUAUGUCCGCCGUCUUGGAUACAUUUUUUUCGGACGUUUUGGUGACGUCACGACAGGGAUUAACCAUAUAAAAGUAUUCGUUGCUGACCAAAUAUUAAUUGGUAAAUGUUUCCAAGGUUUUAGGUGAUUUUGAUAUUUUGAAGGGCAUGAGAUAAAGUAUAGUUCCCAGUUCAAAAUGAUUAGUGUAUGCAUGGUUGUCCAGAUAAAAAUAUUGUGUGACCCCUGUUGUGACGUGACAUGCAUAUCUACAAAAAUUGAAGAUAGCAGAAAUUUCAUUCCAUUCGAUCAAAAUAGUUGUAGAAGUAAGCAAAAUAUGAAAAAAACACACGAUAAAAGAGCAUUACAUUUAGUCUUAAAAGUUUUUUCAAAUGAGAAAAUAAAACAAUAUAUUGCCAUUUCCCUCUACAGUUGCUUUCACGAAACUUUGGCCACACCAGUUGCGAGAUCGAUUGGGAAUUUGGGAACUAUAAACACGAGAUCAUCAAGUUGAUUGGAAACCGGCCAAUCAAAUUCGGAAAUUUCGCAUCAAAUUAUCGAAAUUCGUUAUGAAAUUCCGAACCAAGUUCGCAAGCAAGUUCGCAAAUUGCAAACGAUUUUGACGGUAAAUUUUAAAAACUAAACGUAUUGUAUUAAACUUAUUCAUUUAAUAAUAAAUAGUAUCAUAAUAAUAAUAAUUUCAGGUUUAAAAUUAUAAUAAGUUUAAUUAAUACAAUAAAUUGAGUUUUUAAAAUUUACCGUCAAAAUCGUUUGCAAUUUGCGAACUUGCUUGGGAACUUGGUUCGGAAUUUCAUAACGAAUUUCGAUAAUUUGAUGCGAAACGUUCGAAUUUGAUUGGCCGGUUUUCAAUCAACUUGAUGAUCUCGUGUUUAUAGUUCCCAAAUUCCCAACCAACCUCGCAAUUGGCGUGGCUAAAGUUUCGUGAAAUAAACUGUAAGAAAAGUUUGUAGUGUAGGGCCAAAAGAAAAGUUUGUAGUGUAGGACAUGAUUGUUAAUUUUCUAAAAUUUGGCUAGCCCAAGAUCAUCUAUAUUGUGCUUUAGGAAAAUGUUUUAUGAAAUAAGAAAUGGGAGUAACCAGGCGUUUUUUUUUCACGUAAAAUGCAAUAAAACCCAAAAUAUCGGUGUUGCCAUAGCAAUAGUGGUGAGGUCAUUUAUACGACCAAUUUCCAAUUCUUAGACAGUUAGACUGUUGCUUUAUCAAAUUUAUAUAAUUCUUAGAUUGUGCAUACUAUUUGUGUCGAAACUAAUUGAAUUAUAUAUUAUUCUCUUCUGUUGAUAUACAGCAUUCCAAGAAGCUUGUGCAGCAAUAAUACUACCCAAUUUGCUCAAGUGCAGAGGAUUUGCGAAGCAUGAUGAUUCCAUAAUUGAAUUUACGACUGUAAGUAUAAUUAAACAAGUUAAGAUACCUCGCUCCCCAGUUACAGGUAGCGUUAAAAAGAAAAUGUAUAUGAUCAAAAGAGGAAAAUACACACGAAAUCACGGUACCCAUACUCCUAUUUCACUACCCGUGAAUGGGAACCGGGUAACUUUAGCUCUAUAUUAUGUUAACGAAGCUGUUUGGGGGUUUACGACAUGUGAAUACACCUGGAAUUUAAAUAACCGUUUAUUCUACAUUGAAAUUGUUACUCAUGUUCCACGCCUUGACUAGCUUAAUUGGGAUAGCUGUCAUCAAUUACGACUAUUAAACUGGUCCUCAUGCAAGAUGUCGUUAUAUGUCAAAAAUUGCUUAUAGCCAUUUAUUCCAUUUCACUGUUUAACUUAAAAAAGUUAUGAUGCAUUUAACAUUUUAGGAUGAUCCAGACUCGGAAAUAGACCUGCAAAGAUCAUCCAAGUUCCCCAAAUUGGUCCUUGGAGCAGGGGACGAAAUAUGUGACGUCAAGUCUGCUUUCAUCUGCGCUGAAGGGGAAAAGAUUGUCAUGUUUGGAGAAGCCGUGACAAUUGACAGCGCCAUCCUCACACUCCACGCGGUCUACUAUGUUUUCAACAUAUCUUACCCUCCAAAAUGGAAAGACUUUUUCUUCUUCAUUGAUACUAUUUUGUGUGGCAUUAAAGAUGCUGCGGCGAAAAGAAUUUCGCUGCAAAAUUUUAUAUCACAGCUUCAUGCAUGA